AUGGAUGUGACACAAGAACUACUGAAAUCCAACCAUGUCUAUACGUUGGGCGCUCUAGGCUUAGUUGCCAUAUUGCUGCUACUUAGCUCGACCCUCAGCAGUCCUCUUUCACGAGUUCCAGGACCGUGGUAUACUAGGUUCACGGAUGUUGUCGGAAGAUUACACUGGAUGGCUGGGAGAAAAGCCCCUUAUAUUCACAAUCUUCACCAAAAAUAUGGCCCUAUUGUCCGAGUUGGCCCUCGUGAGGUUUACAUUGCGGAUCCACAAGUUGUCAAAAGCAUUUUCAAGGUUAAAAAUGAAUUCCCCAAGUCUCGUUGGUACUUGGACUUUGUUCCUUUUACCAUCACCGUCUUCAAUACGCCAGACAUUCCUACACAUAGGCGCUUCAGGAGAUUGCUUUCGGCACCACUCUCCGAGUCUGGUCUCAAGGAAUUCAUGCCGCAGAUUGAACAAAAAGUCAACCUUGCCAUACAGGGGAUGGCGGAAGAACACAAGACUCGUGGCGCUGCUGACAUCUAUAAGUGGUGGCUUUAUCUUACCACAGAUGUUAUUGGAGAGCUGAGCUUCGGAGAAUCGUUUCGGAUGCUUGAGACUAAUAAAAUCAACCAAUAUAUUACUGACUUACAGGGGGCCGGGAAGUUUGGGUCGUAUCGAUCAGCCUUCCCUUCUCUCUUCCGGUUCUCGUAUCGCUUUGGUAUCCCACUUCCGAUGUCAUCAGCCGCCCAGGCGGCUGUCCGGCGCAUACGCAUGUAUGCGGAUGAAUCUAUUAGCCGCCAUAGAGCCAUCGUAGAGAGGGAGGGCCCUGAUUCUAGGCCGACUGUCUUUACUAAAGUCUACAAGGCCGAGGAUGAGGCGAGCAUCACCCAAGAUGAGAUCCGGGAUCAUGCACAGGCCUACAUUGUCGCUGGCAGCGAUACCACCUCCAAUACUCUAACUUAUUUGGUGUGGGCUGUGUGUCGCAAUUCCAAAGUCAAGUCCCGCCUCGUGAAGGAACUCGAAGUGCUUCCAGACGACUUCGCUUACGAGGACUUGCAACAAGCACACAUCUCUUACCUUGAGCAUGUCAUUGACGAGGUCCUUCGAAGGUUCCCUGCUGCACCUUCUGGUCUACCAAGAGAGGUCCCGCAGGGAGGUGCUGAGUUGUGUGGAUAUCAUAUCCCAGCAGGAUACACGGUGACGACACAGAACUACAGUCUUCAUCGGGACCCUGAUGCAUUCCCAGAUCCCGAAAAGUUUGAUCCAUCUCGAUGGGAGAAUACGACACAGGCGAUGAAGGACGCGUUUUUGCCUUUCGGUGGUGGCUCCAGAGUUUGCAUCGGACUACAUCUUGCAAAGAUCGAACUUCGGCUGGGCGUGGCUCGGUUCUUCAAGAAGUUCCCUAAUGCGAAGAUGUCGUCGCUCGAAGGCAUGACGGAUGAGGACAUGGUGCCGAAGUUGUUUUUCCUGAUCAACCCUCAAGGUCAUCGCUGCCUGAUGGAGCUUGAAUAA